AUGGCAGAUGCGAUACAUUACGAGACUAUCGGAACACUUUUCGCAUCACAAGGGAUAGCAGCCAGUGCUCCACAAGAGACGAUGGAUAUGGAACGGGCGAGGCAGACUGGACCGGAGUCUUCAAUCUUCGCCAUUCAUGAUGCGCACGCGAGGCAAAGGAGGGAUGCGGCAAGUAAUUUGGCUACUGACUUACAGAAAUGGCUGGAUGGGUUCGAUCUGCCUCAAGCAUAUGCCGAUCGCCGCAAGAACUCCGCCGCUGAACACGCUGGAAUACCUCCACGCAAACUUUCACUUAGCGUCCACGCAGCAGAUUAUAUAUCGACAGAACUAUCUGCUCAAGCUUCAGCUGUGCGCCACAACGAGUCCACCGGCACUGAUGCAGUGGCACCAGAUCACCCGGCUCCGCUCGGGGACAAAGAAAGCGACGACAACCUUCAAAACGAGCGCUUGAAUCUUGUGUUAUUCAACGCAUUCCCAAUGUCGCCGGUUGAACGUACACCCGAGUGGGGAGAAAGACAACGUGUGCGAGAAGAGUACGACGCCAUCGAACGUGCACGCGCAAAUCUUAUUGACCAGGAGAACGCGAUGAUAGAAACGCGAAAAAGAUGGCUCGAGGAAAAUAUCAGACGGUGGGGAGUUGACCAACGGCAACUAAGGGCCAAGGAAAAGCGUAGAGGGAUGGCUAUCAAUAUUGUUCUGUUCGACGCGCUCGCUUACAAUGACGGCCCUAUCGAGGGCACGAGGCCGAUGUUGGAUCCUGCCAUCGAUAGGGACAAGGACUAUGACUAUAUCAAGGAAUUGAGUUAUAAUGGCUUUCUCCUGGGUGUUGCAGAGGAACAGAUGGUCAAAGACACGAACAUGUACAUGAUCCCAGAACCAUGGUACAUGGGACAUCGCCCCCGUCACAGACAACCUAUCCUAGAGGAGGACUACAUCGAACGAUACCUGAGACAAGAAGCAAGGCUGAUUCCUCUCAUUGAUCAACGCCUCGACUACCUCCGGAAAGGGAAGUCUGCGCAGAGUGAAGCUGAUAUCGUUGCUGAGAUCAAGGGUCUAGAGCGAACUUUAUUGGUGCACAAGGGCGGCGAAAGCAACAAUGUGAUACUUGUACAGCGUCUCUUGAAAGAGGCCGCCUAUUGUAUGGAGGUGGAACAAAACGCAGGUACGCAUGACACACUCCGGCGUCACGGCACGCCAGUUACAGACCACGUACCGCCGUUCAUGAAGCAGUUCAUCAGGAGCUUUCCACGGCUCUUAGAGCGCUUUCAUAUCCUCCAAGAAACAGAAAAAAGGUAUUUUCCCGAGCGCUUCGAGCCCAGGCGUCGACCUCAGCCUCAACCUCAAUGUACGCCUAGUGGGCGGCAGAUUCCAAUGCGACAGCCUCAACCAUCAAACAUUCAGCCAAAGGAUGGUUCAACACAAGAAGAUGAUCGCUCAGUGAUGGAAGACUUUGGCUAUCCGCUCGAACGCGUCGACAGCCCCAGUUAUGACCCACGCUUUCAGUACGACCCACGAUCAUAUCGCACGCUACCGCGAUCAUUCAGGACAAAAACAUUCAAGAAAAAGACAAAAAUAUGGGGAACAUCAAAGUUGGCAGUUCUACUCAGCAGGGAUGGUGAUGCUGAUUUCGCAGUGCCAAUCCUUGACCGACUGAUGGAACCAACUUCAUUGUCAAACGAUCCUGAAACAGGGAAUCUUCAGCGCCCAAAAUUCAGAUUGAACAUACCAGUACGCAUGUCGUCUUUCGACAGACCAGGUGUUUACAUACCUCCACAACCCCAUUUCCAGUUAAAGAAGCCAGCAACGGAACGCAUAAAGAAGCGAUUUGUCGAUAAAGAGGGCCUCGAUGCCGAUCAGCGUGCGUUCACAAGACUCAAUCAUGCGAGAGACUGGUUGUCGUUAGCACAAGACAAACGUCACCGAGGACUUCAAGAACCCUUGAUGCCAGACAAUAUCGACAAGGCUGUGGAGCGCCAUCGGACAGAAGAUCUCAAGGAUUUACAGCGGCGUCAUGACUCAAUAGAAAGUGAAGUUCUACAGAACUAUAUCAAUCUUAUGAACCAGUUCAAAGCACUUUAUUAUGAAGACGUCGAUUCAUUUAUUGGUGAAGAGGACGCCGAAGACACCGGAGAUGAUGAGAGCAGUGGGAGAACUCUCCGGGUUGUGAACCCUGAUCCUCCGGAAGAUUUUGAACAGACAGGGGACGCUGGGGCUAUCCGGGAACGCAAAGUUCUCUACGAUGUCGAUCGUGUUGGAAACAUCAGAUACUCCGAAACACUCGAAGACAACGAGACAUUUCUUCGCGUUGUCCAUGUCCGAACUGAGAAUGUCGGAAGCACUGUGGACCUUGACCCAGCACACCUGGUCGAAAACAUUGAAGAUAUUGAUCGUGUCGAGAACCCUGGAGAUACCUUCGAUCUCCCGAGGAUGUUAGAUACCUCGAAACACUUGAGGAUAAUGAGACGUUCCUGCGCGUUGUUCACGUUGGCCAAAUUGACAACAUCGGAAACUGUGGAAGGGUUGAGAGUAUUGAUUGAUAUCGACCGAACUUCUUUGCUCGAGCACAUCGAAAACGUUGGAAUUACUGGGAACCUGGCGAAGCCUGGAGGCUAUCCCGCAAUAAAUCUGGAAGUAUCCGCUAAUACGUACGAGCAGACCCAAUGCCGCUGCCACAGAGUGUGCCGGGAGAACAAGGUCGACGUCACUGUCACCGAGAUUGAGAUUUCUAACUCCGAAGAUGAGGCAAAUGGCCAAGCACCAGCGCGACUGAUCGAACCUGCGGAGCGUUCGCCAAGCAGAGCGCAAGAAUCUUUUACGAAUGAGGUCGAAGUCAUGGUCACGGAGGUUGAGAGCUCUGACGGCGAAGACGAGGAGAGUGAUCAAGCAUCAGCGCAAUAG